AUUUGGAGAGAGGGAACAGAAGGGGGAAGAGAAUGGAGAGGAGGCUGUGGAUUGCGCACCUCUGCCUCGCGAUCGUCCAGCUCGACUAUGGCGUCUAUCACGUCCUCACCAAAUUUGCGCUCACCACUGGCGCCAAUCAGGUCGUGUUUUGCGUGUUUCGCGACCUCAUCGCGCUCGCCAUUCUUGCGCCCCUCGCAUUCUUCUACGAGCGGAGGAGCAGGACUCGCGUAAACUCUCGGCUUUUAUUCCAUUUCUUUGUCCUGGGACUGUCCGGGAUCUUUGGGAACCAGCUACUGUUCUUGCUUGGACUUAAUCUCACCUCUCCCUCGUAUGCCGCCGCAGUCCAGCCGGCAAUUCCAGUGUUUACGUUUGUGCUCGCCUUGGCCAACGGAACGGAAACUUUGAAUUGGACUGGAUAUGAUACUUUAGCGAAAGUGGGAGGAGUCUUUCUCAGCGUUUGUGGAGCGCUGCUCAUGGCCUUGUACAAAGGUCCGCUCCUCUUCGGGCGUACCGAGCAUUUACAUCAUGGUGGAACUAUUGUCGGAGUUUCGUUGUUGCAGAGAAUUUCAAGCGCAACCGGUGCCGAGAACUGGCAGCUGGGAAUUCUUUGCCUCCUUGGUAAUUGCUUCCUCAUGGCUUUGUACAUUGCUUAUCAGGCGCCCGUCUUGGCGAAGUAUCCUUUCGGAUUGACAGUCACUGCCUACUCGUAUCUCUUUGGAACGCUUCUCAUGGCAUUUACUGGAGUGCUGGCAGUGGGCGAUACGACACAAUGGCUUUUCAACCAAGUGGAAGGCUACGCAGUUUUGUACGCGGGAGUUUUUGCGUCGGCAAUCAACUAUGUGCUUUUAACUUGGUCCAACGGUGUUGUUGGCCCGUCGCUCGUCGCGCUUUACAUACCUUUGCAGCCACUUGCCUCCUCUACGCUGGCUUGCGUUUUCUUACGAAGUCCCUUGUUCCUGGGCAGUGUUCUUGGAGGAUUACUCAUUGUUGCUGGAUUACUUCUCGUAACUUGGGGGAAGGCUGUGAGUGAACGCGAGCGGGAGCGUGAAAGCCAGAAACCCCUUCUAGAAAGUGAAGCGUAAGUGGAUCAAAAGCGACUGCGUUUUCUAUACAUAUAUACGCGAGGAAAACGUCACUCGUACUCGUAUGUACAAAUUCGUGGAUAAGGCUGCUGGUCCAACAACUAGCCAACCAAAAGGCUCAAAAGGAAGAAACGAAAACAAUGACCGCUCAAGAUAGUACGUUCUUUAUCUCCGUGCUCGAAAGACUUACAAACGUGAAGGAACGCAAAAAUUAUUUUUUGUUUGUAAUCUACAACAAGCACCUUCGCUUAAAUUUACAGCCUUGUUCUUCCUCGAGCUCUUGCGUGAGUUCUUUCACUUUGAUCUUCGCUUUGAUUUGUUUUCGCUGGUUUGCCAGACUGAUUGA